AUGCAUGCCUGCUGGAUCGAUCGAUACAAGGCAGCCACUCGUGCAUCAACAGUCGAGUGUGUUGUUGCAUCCGUCAAGUCUGUGGCUGGGGCUGCUAGCAGUAGAUUUCUAUUUGCUGGGCCUCCUGAUGAAGUUCCUGCCACGUUGGAAAGUACCGUCUCUGCUGCGAUCAACGACACUAAUAGAAUGAUGGCGUCUGAUGAGUGGACAUGGAAUUCGGCUGGUAAUGUUACUGCUACGAGUACCUUUUCUUCAGCUAUCCUUGGAGCCUGCGAGACGCUACCUGCAUUACCGGUUGAAAUUGGGGCAGCAGGCAAUGACUCACUGCUUGUACCAAUUCUGAUUGCCUUCCUUUUUGGUGCUCUUUUCAUCAUGAAUCAAUUCCUCCUGCGGCGCCAAAAUCGUCGAGAACAUCCAGAUUGCAAAACCUCAGAUGUGGGGUCAGAGGAAGCGGAACUAACACCACUGACAGCCUCAGACUCGUAUCCUUCUAUUACUCUCGACCCAUCAUGUCUUGCCGCCCCAAACAACGCUGAAGACAAGAAUUCGGAAGCUAAUGAGAAUCCCAAAGAGACCCCUAUUCAAGAGGAGAGGCCCCCUACUACUAUGGAUCCAUGUAGCACGACGGCACAGGUCUCCCCUGACGUCAAUCAACAAAAGAUGGAGGACCACAAGAGUAACAGCACCACCCCGAGUGGAUGUUCUAUGGUUGAAGACAAGGACAAAAAACUUGCUGCCAAGCCUGUCAACUCCUCUUCUCGACCUCCCAAGGGUCCAACGAAAAAAGUUGUGGCACAGGAGGCAAAGCCAGGCCUAGACAUAGCAGUGCUUCCAAUGAAGAAAGGGCUGUCACAGGAGGCAAACAAAGACAUUGUAGAACCUCAAGAGAGUCCAAUGAAAGAAGGUUUGGAAGAGAAGUCAAAGCCUUCCAAGGACAUUGAAAAGAUUCCAAAUAGUCCAACGAAGAAACGCUCAGCUGCUAUCAUAAGUACUUCUUCAAAUGAUACUGGAAAAUCGCCCACACGCCCUUCAAAAAAAUUUCGGCUCAGUCCGAGUGUACAAGAAGGGAUGGCCAAGUGCAUGAAGGCCUGGCUCAAGAAGGAUGCGACCAAUGGCCCAAGCGAGGAGGGCGACAAGCAAAUCAAGUCUGCUGCGGUAGCUGGGGCCCAGAAGGACAACAGUCAGGACUCUAUCUCAACACCAAUAUCCAAACGGGCGUUGAAAGCAAAUGCCAACAAGUCAGCGACGCUGGAUGGCAGGGCUAAGAAAGAGCAAUUGGACCAUCCAACACAAAGGGGCAAUGCAUCUGUGGCUACCUCUCACAUCACACAGGCACAAGUAGAGGGCGUUACCAAGAAGAAAAGUGCUAGGUCUACAAGUAAAGAGGGGGCUAAGAAAUUGAGCAAGGCGUCCACAGCAACACAGAAGGCGGGUCUCGGCGGGUACGCCGCUCCCGACGCCGCCGACGGCAACGUUUUGGAUUCCGGCUUGGCGGGGGUGGACGGCGCCCUGGCGUCUCGAGCCCGCGUCCACGACGAAUACCACGCCAGGUUGGCGCUGGUGGAUCUCGCGGCCAACUCCGACAACUACUACGUGCUCAGGUUGGCGCUGGUGGAUCUCGCGGCCAACUCCGACAAGUACUACGUGCUGCAGCUCCUGGUCGACGAGAAGCCGCCCAAAAAGAAACGGAGCGACAAAAAGAAGGGAGGAGGACCCGACUACUACCUGUUCACCCGUUGGGGCCGCACCGGAACCGGGGUACAGGCCAAAUUGGACGGACCCUUUGACGACGAAGACGAGGCCAAGGCAGCCUUUAAAACGAUCUUCAAAUCCAAGACGGGAGCGGCGUGGGGCGACGCCGAGCCCGGCAGCGAGCCCAGGAAGGGGAAGUACGCACACUUGGCCACCGCCGGCAGCGGAGGCAGCGCCAACGCCCAAUGGUAG